UCAGUUCAAAAUGGGUGGAUUCGAAGGGCCUAAGGAUCCCAACGACAAACAGGGCACCGGCCUCAGCUCGUUCUUUGAGCAGAAAAUUGCCGAGUUGCAGUUCAUUGUUUCGGAGAAGCAGCGCAAUCUGCUGCGCCUGGAGGCUCAGCGCAAUGAGCUCAACUCGAAAGUGCGUAUGCUGCGCGAGGAGCUGCAGCUGUUGCAGGAGCAAGGUAGCUAUGUGGGCGAAGUGGUCAAGCCCAUAGACAAGAAGAAGGUCUUGGUCAAGGUGCAUCACGAUGGCAAAUACGUAGUCGAUGUGGAGAAGAAUAUCGACAUCAAUGAUGUGACUACCAAUAGCCGUGUGGCACUACGACAUGAUAGCUACACUCUCCACAAGAUUUUACCGAGCAAGGUGGAUCCACUCGUCUCGCUGAUGCUGGUCGAAAAGGUGCCGGACUCCACUUACGAGAUGGUGGGUGGCCUCUCCAAGCAAAUCACCGAGAUUAAGGAGGUCAUCGAGCUGCCCAUCAAGCAUCCCGAGCUGUUCGAUGCCCUGGGCAUUGCCCAGCCCAAGGGUGUCCUGCUCUAUGGACCGCCUGGCACUGGCAAAACCUUGCUGGCUCGCGCUGUCGCCCAUCACACGGAGUGCACAUUCAUACGCGUCUCCGGAUCGGAGCUGGUGCAGAAGUACAUUGGCGAGGGCUCACGCAUGGUGCGCGAGCUGUUUGUCAUGGCUCGCGAGCAUGCGCCAUCAAUCAUAUUCAUGGACGAGAUCGACUCGAUUGGCUCGGCGCGUCUGGAGUCGGGCAGAGGCGCCGACUCGGAGGUGCAGCGCACCAUGCUGGAGCUGCUCAACCAGCUGGACGGCUUCGAGGCAUCCAAGAACAUCAAGGUGAUCAUGGCCACCAAUCGCAUCGAUGUGCUCGACCAGGCUUUGCUGCGCCCCGGUCGCAUCGAUCGUAAAAUUGAGUUUCCGCCACCCAGCGAGGAGGCACGCGUCGACAUCCUACACAUACACUCACGCAAAAUGAAUCUGACACGCGGCAUCAAUCUGCGCAAGAUUGCCGAACUGAUGCCCGGUGCAUCCGGCGCUGAGGUCAAGGGCGUCUGCACCGAGGCGGGCAUGUAUGCGCUGCGCGAGCGCCGCGUCCACGUCACCCAGGAGGACUUCGAGAUGGCCGUCUCCAAGGUGAUGCAAAAGGACUCUGACCGCAAUAUGUCCAUGAAGAAGUUCUGGAAAUAAUUUUUUGAUUAAAAUUGAUUCAUCAAUGCAUCAUUAUAAAGAUUU